AUGCCUAUGCCACAGCGAAACGGCGGCGGCAACCCAAUGCACAACCAGGGUCAAGGCCAAGGUCACCCCCACGCCAUUAUUGGUAACAAUAGCUUCAAUCACAACUCCGGCCUGGGAAUAUGGGCCAACGGAAGCAACUCAAUGAUGAUGUGUUCGCCGCCUAGUGGUACUACCAACAACAACGUGGGACUGGAUAUGAACGGCUUCAAUACCUUCUACCCCGAUCACAUGAUGGGCCGUUGA